UAAAGUGCCAUCCAUUGAGGAGGAAGGCAAGUGUGGCUUACUGUUGCUCUGUAGCAACCCCUCUGUUUAUUUAUGGAACAACAUACAUAGGUUCCCAGGAGCCCAAUAUCCUGUUCCCACUUGAUUAAAAACAAAACCGUAAUGAGAGAUUGAACCAUUUACUUUGGAAGAACCACCUAUGAGAGGGGAAAGUAUGUGUCUGGGAAGAUGGUUGGGCACGAUAUUGUAUUUUGGAUUCAUAGGCAUAUGUUGCCAUUGUGUUCACCUUGACAGUAACCCUAAGACACAGUAAAGUGGGUGCCAGCUGUUUUGCCCCACACUGCCCCGAGCCCCCUGACUUACCAUGGGGUCGUUCUCAUGGGAUCUCUCCGUCUGCCUUUAUCCAGAUUACUGACUUUUAAAGCUAUCGCCCAGCUAUUCAUUCUGGGCUGCACGUGGAGUCUUGGUCUCUUCCAAGUCAGCUCAGCAAAAAUGGUCAUGGCGUAUUUAUUCACCAUUGUCAACAGCCUGCAGGGAGUCUUCAUCUUCCUGGUGCACUGUCUCCUCAAUCGCCAGGUGAGAGAGGAGUACAGGAGAUGGAUUAAAGGCACAAGAAAAUCCAGCCCCCCAACCCAAACAUUUAGUCUGUCCAGGUCCACUGUCACUACCAGCCCCAAGAUGGCUCCAUGCAUCACUGGCUGUGGAAUGGGCUGGGAAGGUGCAGAUGGGCCAUCCCCAACAAAGAGUUAGCACUGCAUGGAAUUUCCUCUGGCUCCAUUACCUCUACUGGGAAAGGAUCCAGAAGUUUUGUCUGGAGGG